AUGGGUAGGCCUACAAAAAAUGCUGCUCGAAUGAGAAAAAGAUAUUUAGAAGAAUUUAAUGAUGAGAAAAAUAAAAGGUUGGAAGCAAAUAGAAAGAGAAUUAGAUUAACACGUUCACAGGAGAGUUUAGAUGAGCGCGAGGAAAGACUGUCGAAGAUGAGAAGCUACAUUAACGAUAGGUUAUCGCAAGAAUAUGAAGAGCAACGCGCUCAUCGUUUAGGUCUGAUCAGAGAGCGAUUUUCAAAUGAAACUGAAGACGAACAUUUGCUACGUUUGAAUGCUGCUCGUAACUGUUCUGCAAUGGUGAUACUUCACGAAACUCCCGAGGAGAGAAUUAAUCGUUUGAGCGCCAUGCGACAAGCGGCUUGGGAGCAAAGAAACCAGUUUAAUGCAGAAAAUUUUAAAAAAGCGAUUAAUCUUUAUGCUGACUUGCCGUGUUCAAUAUGCAAAAAAAGUUUGUAUCCUCAGCAACGUACGAUAUUGCAAACUACAAAUUUAGGCUCUAUUUUGCCUAAUGAAUUGGUAGCUUUAGGUAAUAUUAUUACUUGUUCACGAUGCUCAAAUAAUAUUAAAAAACAUAAUACUCCACCGCAGGCCUAUUGGAAUAAAAUGUCGGUAGCUGCAAUACCUACAGAAAUCGAUGACUUAUCGGAAAUUGAGAAACGUUUUAUUUGCAGAGUAGUGCCAUUUCUUAAAAUAAUAAAAGUUCAAAAUCGUUUGAGCCAAGACUGGUGCAAAGAGCAGGCAAUUAUUUUUGCUCAGGAUGUGGUCGAGCUAGUGGAGCAACUUCCGCUUGAACCUAAUCAAACUGGAUUAGUGUUCGUAGUAAAAAGUCGUGAAAAUGUAGAACAUUCUAGGGAGUUUCAAAUAGAUGUAGGUAAACUUCAAUUAGCAUUGCAGUGGCUCCUAAUGAAUAAUGCACUCUAUAAAGAUGUUCGUGUAUAUUUUCCUACUGUGAUCGAUAUUUCUACGAUAACACAAAUUGCUGAUGAACCUGCACAUGGUCAUGAUAGUGAAGAACCAAUUGCUGAACGGUCAACUAUACCUACAAAUAACUAUACUGCCUUGAGUAACAAUGUAUCUAUAUUACAUGGUUCUUUUCAUCAGGACAAUGAACGAUUUAGUCCAGAGUCACGUGGUCGGCAAUGCACAGGGAUCGCAACUGUUGCUAGUGUGGCAUUUUCUCUGAUCAAUCCUAAUAAUUGGUGCAAAAGCGACGUAGAUUACAUGUUAUUGCUAGGAGAUAAAUAUUAUAGAGACUGUAUUGCGGCUCGGGCUAACCCCAAUCCCGAAGAAGCACAUAUGGAAUAUUUGGCUGCAACUGAGCUUUUACCUAAUAUCACAUACAACAAUCGAAAAGUUGAUAUCAAUGUUCGUCAUGAAUCAGCAUUUAAUGGUCACGUAGAUAACGACAAUAGUGAAGAAGGAUUUCCCAAUUUGUUAAACGCUCUAAUAAAUGUAUUUAGGGAUCACAGUUAUGCCAUACUUACGCUGAAUAAUACAACUGUAGCCGUCCAUUGUAGACAAGAGCCUGAAGGUUUUUGA